AUGGAGGCCGAUAGCGAUGUUUGUUUACAAGAAUCUAUUAUUGGUGCAAUGUCGACUACAUGUAAAUAUUGUAACGAAGCAGAGAACAAACAAGACAGACCGGGUUUGAUAUGUGAUAGCUGUAUCUGUUUCGUACACUUGACGUGUCUCCGUCGACCUGGAACACCCGGUGAUUUCGCUUGCGAUGUUUUCUUCGAUUUCACUUGCGAAGACUGCUCUCCAGAUAAAAUGGAAACUUUUACAAGAAAUAGAUUUCCUUGGGUUAACGUAAUCCAUCUGACACUGCAUCAUUUGAACAUGCAGUCAUAUGGUAUCAGCAACCAUGGCUACUUCCACUACAAGACCCACAUUUGUGCAUUUAUUGACAGACAUUGGCAAUCACUGUUUGGUUCACAAGCAAAACAGAAAAAGAACUGGGUGGGUACAAUAGCAGGUGCCCUAUCAGUUUACAACAAGCUGUUUUUCAAAUCAGGAUCUGUGGUGCUUGGGGAGACUGGCUGGUGGAAACUGCUGCAUAAUUUCUCACCCGCUGUAGCUGCGCAUAUCAUUCAAGAAAUAGCGCGUGACAAGCCAAAGGUGCGCCCGCGCAACCAAAUGUCGAUUGAUAAGAAUCUUUUCCUCAUGAAAGUUACUGAAAUGGGCUACAAAGAUCUAAUAAACAACGAAGGCAGUCCUCCAAGAGUGCUGCCCUCUCCUUAUGAACCAGUACCAUGUAAAAAGAAGAGAGUAGACUCUGAUGAGCUCAGCGGUAUAUCCAGUACCUCUUAUUAUGAUCACCUGGAUUCUGACAGCAGGAACGAGAUAGGUGAUGAAAGUACCUUCGAGGAGUCCCUCGGCUUGCUCACGCCUAAGGACUGCACAUAUUCUUGGAACACACACAUGGAGUUCAGGGGGUUUGAAUUCACGGCCACCCAGCACGUCCCGCCUGUCCAAAGUGACUCAUCAAGCAUCAAUUCUUUCCAACAAUCUAUGUUAUAUUACGAUUCAGACUCCAGAAGCGGUCACGAGACCGACCAGGAACCUCGGAAGACCUUCGAACCCAAACCCAAGAAACAAACAACGGAAGACAAGCCAAUUAGAAGGGAAUCUCUUUUCUCCUCUGAACUAAAUUCCGUGGAUCUUCCCUGGGAAGACCCACCGCCAAAACCAGAUAGCAGUAUAGUGGAGAUGUCGCAGUAUGAAGAGAUUCAGCUGCUGAAGAAGGUGGAGAAUCUUAUACCGAAGGUGAAGGAACCGAAUAAGAAGGCUUACUUGCAAAGGUUGAAGGCGAAAUUGGCUUUGAGAAGGCUUAAAAGGCAUAAACACUUGCCGAUAUUUGAUUUAGACAAGUCGGUAAAGUUGCUUGGUGGAUAUGUGACGGAUGAUCCCAGAGUUGUGAUCAAUUCAGAACGUGUUCUCGACAGGUUCCAGCGUUCGUAUUUAAUAGACAACUUAAGCGGGACGAUAGCUAGUUCCAACUACGGCACUUUGUUACUGUCGAACAUCGUACCCGCGCCCUUCCAGUCGACGUACUCGGGCACCACCCUCAAGCCGUACAUACGGAGAGACCCUGAUUCCAUGCCCACGUGGUUGAAGCUCACCGAUGAACUGCUUCGGAAGACUAACCGGCACAUAAAGGACUACUCCCCCCCUCCCCACGCCACAUUGGACUACUCGUACGUGCGGCCGCAACACAUCGCCGCUGUGAACAAUCUCUGCGCGCAGUUCUUCUGGCCGGGGAUCGAUGUGUCCGAGGCGCUGCAGUACCCGGAAUUCAGCUGCGUGGUGACGUACAAGAAGCUGGUGGUGGGCUGCGCCUUCCUCGUGCCGGGCGUUCGUCACGGGGAGGCCUACAUCUCCUUCGUGCUCACUAGACCCGAGUGGAGGAAAGCCAAGAUCGCCACUUUCAUGCUCUAUCAUCUGUUACAGACUUGUUCUGGCCAAGAUGUGACUCUUCACGUAUCACCAACGAAUCCUGCCAUAUUUCUGUAUCAGAAGUUUGGUUUUAAAGUGGAGGAGUUGAUUCAAGACUUCUAUGAGAAGUAUUACGACAUAGAUUACAAAGGCUGUCGACACGCUUUGUUUCUAAGACUUGUUAGAUAA